CUAGGGUUUUAGAAUCAGAGGUGAGUGAAACUUGAAAGAGGGAGGAUAUUAUUAUGGAUUCUUUUUCGUCGGCGUCAAGUGGAUCAUCGUCCCAAUACUCAACGAAUGACAUAAUGGACCAAGUCAAAACUCAGCUUGCUCAGGCUUACGCUGAGCAAUUUCUCGAGACGGUGAGGGACAAAUGUUUUGACAAGUGCAUCACCAAACCAGGGAGUAGUCUAAGUGGGAGCGAGGGUAGUUGCAUCUCCAGGUGUGUUGAUCGAUAUAUUGAGGCCACUGGUAUUAUCAGCAAAGCUCUCUUCAGUCAACGCUGAAACCGUAGUUGCGUAGAUCUCAAGGCUUGUUUGUUCGGGAAGUGCUGGAAUGCAUCUCUUUGGUCAUUAUCAACUUUUGAUACCCUUCAUCAUCUUACAACGUUUUAAAGAUGGCUUUGAUAAGUAUUUUGUAAAAGCUGAUAUUCAUUAAAACUUUUCUUUGUUGUGGAUGGACAGCAAACUUUAUCUAUAGCGUACCACCAUUAAGGUUAA